AAUGCCGCGCCUAGGCGCUAUCAAGUCGCGAAAUGGCUGUGAGAAAUGUAAACAACGUCGAGUCAAGUGCGACGAGAAAGUUCCAUGCAGCGCGUGUACGAGACACGGCAUCAGAUGCACACUUCUAGAUCGUCCCGUGGUCGAGCGGCGAGACAGGCCCAGAGACGCAGAACACGCAGGAAGCAUUGUGAAUGAUCGCUCAGCCCGGCGCGAAUCGGCGAGGCUCUUCCAGCUUCGCAGUGUCAUGCCAGCACAAGACUCAGUGCUCCAACUUGAAUCAGAUGACUCCUCUCGAGAAUUACAAAGCCAGCAGCAGUACGGAUUGUCGCAAUCUGCCAACCUGUCAGAUCAGCAGCAAAUUGGGUACGGCGGCCCGUCUGCCACACGAGACCCGUUUCCAUACUUCACUCCCCUGAUGAAUGACGAUCAGACGGCACCCCUCCAGACUCCGCAGCAAUGGACGACAGACCUGGAGCUGAUGCAUCACUACAGCGCUGUCACGUGGCAGUCGCUGCCCCGAGCCGCUGACCACCCGGAGAUCUGGCAAGUUGAGGUCCCGAAGCUGGCAUUCAAGCAUGAGUUCCUGAUGCAUCAGCUCCUGGCCAUCUCCGCCUUCCACAUGUUGCACCUGGAUCCUGGCUCGUCGACAUCCCGAAGACGCCACUAUCAACUUCUCGCCAUCCAACACCAGAACAAGGCGAUUGCCGGGCUCAGAAGCGCCAUCCCCCAGCUCGACAGUUCGACCUGUGAUGUCAUGUUUGUGGCUGCUUCCUUGUCGUUGAUCAAUGGAUUCGCGACUUUUUCUCAACAACCCAGGCGACUUGAACAAGAGCAGCAGCACAUGUCUCCCGAGUCAACAGGCACCGGCGGCAGUAGCGAGCCACCAGACUUGGACAACCUGCUGGAUGUCUUCCGCCUUCUCCGCGGCCUCAAGAGCAUCCUGAGCGCUUAUGAAAGCGACGUCGAGAAGAGUUCAAUUGGUUGCUUGUUGCGCAUAGAGCAGCACUAUUCAGUGAACCCCCUUCUGACUUCAAUCAUUGUCGACGUCAGCGCGAGUGAUCUACUACACCUUCGCGGUGGCAACAACGGCGCCACCUCCUACUCGGCUGAAGCCAUAUGUUGCCAAGAAGCCGCAGCUUGUCUGAUUGAGUGGAUUGGUCGCGCCAUCUCCGACGCCACGGCUCCAGAGCUGAGGCUAGUAUCAACAUGGCCAAUUGCAAUCUCCGAGGAAUUCAUGACACUCAUGGGUUCACGGGAUCAAAGAGCAAUGAGACUGCUGGAACAUUACUGUCGGAUUCUCGGUCAAGCAGGUGUCAACUACUGGUAUCUGUCCGGAUGGGCUAAAUCCGUCCAGUCCAAUAUCAGUAGUGACGGAAGUAGUAGUAGUAGUAGUAGUAGUAGUAGUACUCCUAAGCUAUCCUAA